UUUCAAGUCACGUCCAGGAAGUCAAAAAGCGCAACGUCUGCAAAAAAACGAUGAGGAGUAACGUUAGUGGAUGGAUGGAAAAGGGCUCUACCCGGGCGACCUUUGAACCGUCUUCCUCUGUCCUCACAAGCAGUCACAAGACGAGCUGUCGUAUAAUUUCACGAAUGACAGUCCUAACGGGGAGCGCGCGCUCGGGUGCAGCUAGUUUGGGGCUAAAUUACUGAGAGAAAACCAAAACAAAGCCUUCAGAUCCAGAGAUCACACAUUCAAAAGCAGAAGGAAAGACGCACAAAUCAUGUCCUCUGUCCACUUCAGUCCAGGCUCGGAUGCAGGUGUAAAUGGAAACAUUGCAAAGAUGGAGGACGCUAAAGUGGAGAUUGAUGAUGGAAAGGAUGAGAGUGUGGUGCCAGACACAAUGUAUCACAACAUACGGAAGAAGAUCUCACCUUUCGUUAUGUCAUUUGGAUUUCGGAUAUUUGGAGUAAUACUGAUCAUAGUGGACAUUGUGCUGGUAAUCGUGGACUUUUCCCUGUCGAACAGGAGCAGAGAGGUGGGAGAGGCCUUGGAGGCCGUGUCCCUCACCAUCUCCCUGUUCUUUCUUGUUGAUGUUCUCCUACGAGUCUACGUUGAAGGGUUCAAAGUGUACUUCAGCUCCAAACUGAACAUCAUAGACGCCUGUGUUGUAGUGGUGACGCUGGUGGUCACCAUUGUUUACACAUUCACUGGCCUGUCAGGAGCCAGUCUUAUCCCCAGAGUGGUGACCUUCUUCCGUGCCAUGAGGAUUAUAAUCCUUGUGAGGGUUUUCCGACUGGCAACUCAGAAGAAAGAACUGGAGAAAGUCACCAGAAGGAUGGUUUCUGAGAAUAAGCGACGUUAUCAGAAGGACGGAUUUGAUCUUGACCUUACAUAUGUCACUGACCGUGUCAUCGCCAUGUCUUUCCCCUCCUCUGGGAAGCAGUCCUUCUACAGGAAUCCAAUCCAUGAAGUGGCAAGGUUCUUGGAUACUAAACAUGAAGGCCACUAUAAAGUUUACAACCUGUGCAGUGAAAAGGGUUACGACCCCAAGUUCUUCCACUACAGAGUAGAACGGGUGUUUAUUGAUGACCACAAUGUUCCCUCUUUAGAGGACAUGCUGAAAUACACAGCGAGUGUGAGGGAAUGGAUGGCUGAAGAUCCCACAAACAUCAUCGCUAUUCAUUGUAAAGGAGGGAAAGGACGCACAGGUACUAUGGUUUGCACCUGGCUUAUCGACAGUGACCAGUUUGAGAGUGCACAGGACAGUCUGGAUUACUUCGGUGAAAGGAGGACAGACAAGAGUCAAAGUUCUAAGUUUCAGGGAGUGGAGACUCCCUCUCAGAGCCGGUAUGUGGGGUACUAUGAGAUUAUGAAGACCAAAUUUAACAGGCAGCUGCCACCUAUUAAACCCCUCAGGAUCAAGAGCAUUCGCAUCCACUCCAUAGCUGGAGUGGGUAAAGGUGAUGGCAGUGAUUUAAAGCUGAAGAUAAUUGUGAAGAAAGAGCUGGUAUUUCACUGUGCAUGCGCUGGUCAGCAGAACUGUAAGGUAUUUCUAGAUUUGGGCAGCAAUGCAGUGGUCAUCAGCCUAGAGAACGGGCCUGAGGUUGAAGGGGACGUCAAGGUCAUGUUUGACUCAAGUGCAGGACUCCCAAAAGGAUAUGAAGAUGUUCCAUUCUACUUCUGGUUCAACACCUCCUUCAUAGAGAACAAUAAGCUGUUUCUACCCAGGGAGGACCUGGACAACCCACACAAAUCUAAAAUGUGGGACCUAUACAAAGAGGACUUUGGUGUCACCGUGCUCUUCUCAGAACCAUAAUAAAAGCCAUUUAUAAAAAAUGAACUGUAAAUAGCUUGUUACAGUGACAAAUGGAUCGGUAACAUUAAACAACAUUUAAUCUAACACAAAUUCAAGAAAUGAUUCAGAGCUCAAGGCUGAAAAGACUUGAAAUGACUCACGUCAGGAUGAAGUAGAGCGCAGUGGGGUCCUUCACUGACUUAGACCAUGUAGACCACAAUGCUGUGCUGAUGAGCUGUGGUGAUGUUUUCAUGAGUCACUGUUUCUGCGUGGUCACGCCUAUGGGAGACCUAAAAAAGGACAGAAGACUAAAAUAUGAAUUGAAAAUGAAAAAUCUAAGUACCUGAUGAAAUUGUGUUUAUUCCUGUUAAAGCACAUUUAUUGGGUCUUUAACGCCAUUGUAAACUUAGAUUUAUCCCUCCUAAAGCACUUAGUAAAUAUGAAACUGUCUAAGCGCAUGUAUUUAGUGGUUGAUUAGUCAAGGAAAUCAGAUGGAGGUGGGCUCUGAAACUAGACACCACAGAACCGUUUACCAGAACACAAUGACAUUAAUGUUUUUCCAUACACACACAACACGUUACAUAAGAGCACCUUGAGCUCAAGUUUCAUUUCAACCCAAUAACACAGACUUUUCUUUUUGGUAAGAAACACAAAUUGUCUGUUUAUUUCAAUUGCUUUUGCUACUUUUGCAGGAAAACUGGACAGUGGACAAUUAUUAUUACAAUGUGAAGAGUAGUAUUCAUUUGGUUUGUUACACAAGAACUUUGUAUUCAAUAUUUUCUAUUACAGAAGAGACUGACAGGAUUUUCAGUGUUUAUUCAUAAUUUAUACAAUCUCUUCAUUAUUGCUCAUUUUACAAGGUGCAUUUCUUGUCAUGCUCAUGUUUUAUGACUUCCCCAACAUGCUCUAAAUUAGUCAACGUACAGUCAAUGGAAGAAUUAAAGUGCAGACAAAUGU